GCAUGGUUUCAAGAGCUUCGAAAAUUGACACCCAACACAAAAGCCAACAAUAUAUGUCCAAUGUCAUCACUGAAAAAACAUUGGAUGAAGCUGUGUUUUAUGGUGAAUCCAAGUGGGAAAAUACCAGUUCGAAGUAUUACUCGAACAUUUGCAUCAGGCAGAACAGAAAAGAUGAUUAUGCAGUCAUUGAAAGAUUUAGGGCUUCCAGGGGGAAAGUGUGAGGAGAUUGAAAUAUCAGCAUUCACAUUUGAGAAAUUUUAUGAAUUAUAUCACAAGAUAUGUCCACGUACUGAUAUAGAGGAUCUGUUCAAAGAAUGGAGUAGUAAUAGACCAUAUUUGACAGAUGAAACUAUGAUAAAUUUCUGCAAUGAGAAACAGAGAGAUCCCAGAUUAAAUGAAAUCCUAUUCCCAGAAUACAACAGAAAAAGUAUCACAAAAAUAAUACAGACAUAUGAACUGGAUUCAGAAUACAGAAACAAAAAUUGGUUAAGUCUUGAUGGAUUUUGCCGUUACUUAAUGUCAGAUGAUAAUGCUCCUGUAUUUUUGGACCGGUUAGAUAUUUAUCAGGACAUGGAACAACCAUUAUCUCAUUACUAUAUCAAUUCUUCACACAAUACAUAUCUCACUGGACGACAGUUUGGUGGUCGCUCAUCAGUCGAGAUGUACAGACAGGUCCUUCUUGCAGGUUGCAGAUGUGUAGAGUUGGACUGCUGGGAUGGAAGAAAUGAAGACCAGGAACCUAUUAUCACGCAUGGAAAAGCAAUGUGUACAGACAUUCUUUUUAGAGAUGUCAUACAAGCCAUUCAAGAAACUGCAUUUGUCACCUCAGAGUAUCCCGUCAUUUUAUCAUUUGAAAAUCAUUGUAGUAAGUAUCAGCAAUACAAAAUGUCCAGAUACUGUGAGGAGAUACUGGGUGAUCUACUGCUUAAACAACCUCUACCUGAAAAUCCUCUUGAGCCUAGCAUGCCAUUACCAUCACCAAACCAAAUGAAGCGAAAAAUCUUAAUCAAGAACAAAAGAUUAAAACCAGAGGUGGAAAAACGACAAAUGGAGUUAUUUUUGAAAGGUCAAGAUGCAAUCAAUGAUGACCUUCCUGGUGAAGAUCCAGAAGUGGUUGCUGAGGCAAUAGAUGGCGAGGCCGGGCCACUUAAUGAUGAUAGCAGUAGUUCAAGUUCGGAUUCCCCGAUUACCACCCCGAUAACGGAACUCCCGCCAGUUUUACCAGAGCGAGACAGGGAUAUAAAUCCAACUCCAGCCAGUACAGACACUGAUCCCCACCCAGAGUACAUGAUUUCUAAAAUUCCAGAUUCUAUAGAAGAAGACGAUAUUAGCUUGAAAGUCAAGGGUGCACUAACUGCUGAUGAAGAAAUGGCCUUGAUGUCAACGUAUCAUUAUACAGGGGCAACAACUAAUAUACAUCCAGCAUUGUCUGCCCUUGUUAAUUAUGCUCAGCCAGUGAAGUUUCAGGGCUUCGAUGUUGCUGAAGCUCGGCGGAUUUGCUGCCAUAUGUCGUCUUUCAAUGAAAGAAGUGCCUUGGGUCUAAUAGCCAAUUCGUGCAUUGAAUUUGUUAAUUAUAAUAAGCGACAGAUGAGUCGUAUAUAUCCAAAAGGAGGUCGGGUAGACUCUGGUAAUUACAUGCCUCAGAUAUUUUGGAAUGCUGGCUGCCAAAUGGUAGCACUGAACUUCCAAACACCAGACUUGGCCAUGCAACUCAAUCAGGGAAAAUUUGAAUACAAUGGGAAUUGUGGAUAUUUAUUGAAGCCAGACUUUAUGAGACGUCCAGAUAGAACAUUUGAUCCUUUCUCUGAAAGUCCUAUUUCUGGUGUGAUAGCUGCUUGUUGCACUGUACAGGUGAUAUCAGGUCAGUUCUUGUCAGACAAGAAGAUUGGUACAUAUGUAGAGGUUGACAUGUAUGGUUUACCAACAGACACAAUCAGAAAGGAGUUCCGAACCAAAGUUGUCCCAGCUAACGGCCUAAAUCCAGUAUAUAAUGCUGAAGAAUUUGUUUUCAGAAAGGUAGUAUUGCCAGACUUGGCAGUAUUACGUAUUGCUGUAUUUGAGGAGACUGGCCGUAUGAUAGGACAGAGAAUACUACCUCUGGACGGCUUACAGGCUGGUUACCGUCAUAUACCACUCCGCACUGAGGGAAACUUUCCUCUCUCAUUACCCACAGUAUUCUGCUGUAUUAGUCUGAAAACUUAUGUUCCUGAAGAGUUUCAAGAUAUUGUGUCUUCAUUAUUCAAGCCGCAGCUACCAUUGACCAAUCAGAUCAUGAAGAUGGGGAUUGAUGAGAAGGAUAUUGGUGACAUUCCUAUAGUAUCUAAACGUCACUCUACAGCAGGAAAUGGUAAACUGCCAGCAACAGCUCAGAAUAGUACAGAUGGAACCAAGAUCUCAAAGAAGGAAGAGGAGCUGAUAUUUGAAGCAAUAAACCGUGAUAGUUUAAAAUUAGACAAAGUGUUUCAAAAGUUGUUAAGGAAACAAAGUAAAGAUUUAGAGUGUUUAAAAAAGAAGCAGCAGAAGGAACGAUCCAACAUGCAAAGGCAACAUUGUUUAGUGGUUGAUAAACUUGUGGCAUGUCAUGACAAGGAAAAAAUAGCAACAGAAAAGCAAGUGGAAAAAAUGAUCAAAAAGAAAGGUAAUGAGAACAAGGCCAGUAACCAGGGUAAGGUGAUGUCGUUAAAUAAUGAUCAUAAAGAGAACGUACAUCGUCUAGUGGUAGAUCAGACUAGAGAAUGGUCCGAUAUGGUAUUGAGACAACUGAACGAGGAACAUGAUUUAAAAAAAGAACAUAUCGUACAGCAGAAUGAAUGUUUACGGAAACUGCUACAUGAAGCUCACACUGGUCAACUCAAAGAAUUAGAAGUCAGACAAGAGAGGGACAAUAAAGAACAGAAAGCACUUCAGGCAAAGCAGUCAGUAGAAUCGAGUAAAUCUGUUAUGAGUGAUAAAUCUAUAAAGAACAAAGCAGAAAGAGAAAGGCGUUUUCGUGAGAUAAAUGAGAACAAUAUGAAGAAGUUUAUCGAGGAGAGGAAGAGGUUAACAAUGAAACACUACAGACAGGUAGAACAACUGAAGAAACUUCACCAGGAACAGCUAGAUAAAUAUGCCAAGGAAACUUCUAAGGAAUUAGAGGUAGCUGACAUGGUAAGAACAGAAGCAAAGCUUGCCAUGAAACCAGAGACAGAUGUAUGAUGAUUGGUCAGUGUGUAGGUCAUGUGAUUAUCUCUCAUCCAAUCAUAUUUUAGCAUUUAGCAGUGUUGUGUAAAACAAUUUGUGUUGUUUAAUUUUAGGAUCAUAUUUUAAGAAUUUUUAAAAUUAGCUAUUCUAAAUCUUCCAGAUAAACUUUGAAACAGUUUAAAGAAUAUGUUUUGAAUUGGUUAUUUUAUAAGGUAAUGGCUUGAAGAUAUGACAUGUGUUUGAAUACACGCAACUACAUUGGAUUCAGGAAAAUGCCAGCACAACAAAAACAUUUGAUGAGCUUGAGAUAAAGAUUUCUCAUUCUUAUAUCCUGCCAAAAGAUGAAGCUAUCUGUGCUAGUAAUGGAGUACAAUUUGAAUCUCAUGUUCUUUAUAUAUUGUAAUACAGGAGACACACAUGUUAUAAUAUAGGUGCAGCUGACACUUCAAAAUUAUGGAAAUUUGAAUACCCACCAAGACAUCUGUACUGACUUGCUUGUUACAGGGUUAUAAAAUCUAUAUAUAGGGCAAUAUCAGUACAUGUAUAUAGCUUGUUUUACUGUCUCCAUCAAUAUUAUAUACAGUGCAACUUCUGCAUAAUAGACCUCUGUAGAUCAAUUACCUCUUUGCAACUAAAGGAGGACUUCACCAUAUAUUAACCCCUCUUGGCAACAAGCAAAAUGUCUGCCUCCAAAAAGUUGUUGCAGUGUCGAGGUUGUACUGUAUCUUUAUAUAACAUCCAGUGUAAUGAUUAAUGUGCAAAGUUACUUUAUUACGGAGCUAUGUUAUAAUUCAAUAGUUAUUGUCUUCACGACUACUAACAUAUGUGUACAAAAUAAUGAAAAUAUAAUAUAGUUGCUUUAGAGAGUGUUAGGUAAAUAUAAUACCAUGAAUGCUGCCAGGUAUGGUAUUAAGUUAAUCUAGUCUGCACUCUUUUAUACUUACUCUAUACUGAUACUGCUAAAUUUUACCUUUUUAAAAUUGAAAAAAUGUAUGGUUAGAAACAGGAUAAGCUCACUAUUGAAAGGUUUUACCUAAAACAAAUAAUGUAUUUAAACCAACAACCUGCUGAAUAAGAAGUAUGACUUGUCCAGCUAUCAAGUUUUUCAGUCAACACUAUAGUUCCUGGUCAAACUGCACAUAUUUGUAGACUGGAUUGUCUCAUUACUGCAGCAAGUAAUGGGUUAUACAUGUAUGUGGGGAUUGUAAUGUUGUUAGUAUCAUAUUUUAAUGGCGGCUAGAUUGUAAUACAAACAUCAAAAUUGUUAAUAUAUUUAUUAUUGUUUUCAUUUUGUUAUGCUAGAAUAUUAUUUAGAAUUGAUUCUAGCAUUUGUUUGUAUCAGAUGUUAUUCAAUAUUUGAAUACAGUCGACUCUCGUUAUCUGGAAGUCAUCGGGACCGUCCAAAAAAAUAUUGAGAUAACGAAAUGUUGAAAUAAACAUAUUAGGUUUGAACGAGGCAGUAACUGAUUUUUACAAAGGCAUGUGCAUACCUUAAGUCAAAUAAAAUAAAAGAAUGAUAUCUCUAUGUUUUGUUUCUGCAUUUUGACAAAAUUAUGCCACUUUUUAAGUCUUUAAAUUUACUUACAAUCAAUACUAGACAAUAUGUUGUGUCCACUCUAUAAAUCCUAUACUUAUGGAAGGAUUUUCUUCAAACUUGACUCAAAUGUUUACCUUAACUGGGUAAUGUGCAGAACCCAUCUUACCCUUGUGCCAGCUUUAGGUCAAGGCCACACUUGAAGGUUAAAAAUUGACUUAGAAAAUGUUCAGAAAUUUUUACAUGUACUUGAAUAUUUCUAAUCAUUUGAAACUUCAAAUAUAUGCGAAGUGUCACAAGUAAGAUAUGCUGGUCAAGUUUCAUAACUAAAAAAAGUGGGAGGGGGAUAACUUUGUAUUGUAUUUUGACAAAGUUAAGUCCAUUUUUAUGUCUUUAAAUUUAUUUACUAUUAUAUUUCUUAAACCAGUAUAUGAAUGGUAACAAGCAUGCUCAGACGACGAAAAUUCUACAAUUCCAGUGAAUUAUAGGGUCACAAGUAAGCAAAGUUUUUCCACUCUUAAUUACAUUUUGACAUAAUUAUGCUAUUUUCUUAACUUCACUGCUUUUGUUUGUUUUAGGACAUUGGGAAAAUGAAAGGUUAUUUGUAACUGUUUCCAACAUGAUUUGACAAUAUAUAUUUAUACUAUUACCUGUACAAUUUGUCUUUUUUUCCACCAGAGAUAAUUUCUUUUUAUGAAUAUGUAUUUGUGCCACUAAAGUUACUCCCUUAACCACCUUUCUAAGUCGUCUUCUGUCAAGGACAUUGGUGGGGGUAUGAAUCGCAUUCAGCGAUAGUUCUAGUUUGAUAUGUUAUAUCAGAUCUGAAUACAAUGUGAGGUAUUGGAUAAGAUAUGAUACCGGUAGUCAGAAAAGUACAAAUAACUGCUUGCUUUUGUCUGAUAUUUAAACAUUGUAGGCAAAAUGUUUACAAAUCAUUUAUUCAAGCUUGAAAAUAUAUCUUAUAUAAUGUAUGUUUUUCUAAUGAAACAAAUGUCAUUGAUAAAUUAUUCAUUACCUUUCAAAUUGUAAAAAAAUAUCAUCUACCUAUGAUGAUGCAUGAAAAAAAACAACACUAAAAUAGUUAUUUAUGGAUUUUUUGCAUGAUAAUAUGUCUUGUUGAUAUUAAUUGUCUCAUGUCAAAAUUGUGUUUAUAAACAUUGCUCACACUAUAUUAAUACAACAUUGUUUUAAUUAUCUCUCCUGAACACAAAGUGCUCAGAGAUGAGCUUCUGUGGUGGCAGUGUGUCUGUGGCUUGUCGGUCAUCAUUAUCCACAUUAGCAACAUUUCACAAACCACUCGAUAGAUUUUGACCAAACUUUAGAGGAAUGAUCCUUAGGUGAUC